AAGCUUUCAAUAUGCAUGUCUUAUACACGUUUUGUCAUUUAGAGUUUAAAUGAAAUAGUUCAGGUAGUGACCUCGUUAACAUUUACCAAACGCUGGAUACCAAAAAGCACGAGUAAAAACGAUGCAAGAGCAUCAACAAGAGCCCUUAAUUACCUUGGGUGAUUGCUUGGGAAAGGGUGCUUUUGGAACAGUAUAUCGUGGACUUAAUAUGCAAAAUGGAGAAACGGUAGCUGUAAAAAAGAUUAAGCUCUCAAAGAUGCUUAAGACCAAUCUGCAGGUUAUUCAAACUGAAAUAGAACUACUAAAGAAAUUGGAUCAUCCAAACAUUGUAAAGUACCGUGGUACAUUUAAAACUGAUGAUUCUCUAUGUCUUGUUCUUGAAUACUGUGAAAAUGGAUCUUUGCACUCAAUCUGUAAAAGUUUUGGAAAAAUGCCUGAACAUCUUGUUGCAGUAUAUACUAGUCAAGUCUUGCAAGGUCUAGUCUACCUACACGACCAGGGUGUCAUUCAUCGAGAUGUCAAGGGAGCAAACAUUUUGACAACGAAAGAUGGAACAUUAAAGCUCGCAGAUUUUGGAGUUGCGACACAAUCAAAUGGGUUUGAUGAUAGAGCCGUCGUGGGAAGUCCGUAUUGGAUGGCACCUGAGGUAAUUGAACUUAAUGGGGCAACAACAAGCUCAGAUGUAUGGAGUGUUGGAUGUACAGUUAUUGAAUUGUUGGAAGGAAAACCUCCUUACUUUGACCUUGAUCCCGCUCCAGCUUUGUUUCGAAUGGUAAAGGAUGAUCAUCCUCCUAUUCCCGCCAAUAUUUCUCAAGCUGCCAAGGAUUUUCUAUUGGAAUGUUUUCAAAAGGAUCCUAAUUUGCGAGUUAGUUCGCGGAAACUCCUACGGCAUCCAUGGGUGAAGGCGCAUCGAAUUACAACGAAAUUUUCAGAGGCUAUAGAUGAGGUCCAACGGUAUAACGAACGAUUUCAUACAACAGCCGCUUUCAAGCCGAAACCCAAACAGCUUCCCGUCGUGAACACGACAUUUGAGGAUGAACAACCACAAGCCCAACCAUUGAGACCAUCUUUUGUGGAAUCUACGAGAAAGACUGACGUUUGGGACAAUGACUUUAUUCUUGAAAAUGAUCGCCUAAAAAACAGUACCAUUGAGAAGGUCUCAUAUAAACACAAAAAAGUACAGGCAAAAGAGGUGAAACCAACUGCUUCAGAAAACUGGGAUACGGAUUAUGUUGGUAGCCUUCACAUUCCCGACGGUGUGCUUCAAAAGUCGAAGAAAUGUUCAGCACUUUCUGGCAAUCUCAAAACUUCUCAAAGUCCAGCGGCUUCCAAACCUUUAAGCGAAAGUAAAAACAAGGAUGAAUUGACCAAAAUUCAAAGAAGUUCUUCAAAUGCCUCAAAUGCUCAUGACCCAAAAAAGAAAAUGGAAAGAAUCACUCAAAGGGUUCCGACCAAGCUCACACACUCUAUUGAUGAGCUUAAUGCAUCUCAUCAAAGACAUUUUUCUGCUGAGUUAAAGGAGCCUGUUCCAGAUAAUGUUUUAAAAUAUGUUGAAACAGAAAAAGACCUUGAGUAUUCAGACCUUUUUACUGUUACUUCUAUCAAAGUCUGUGAUAAUAAGAAGAUGAAGGGUUUGGAGACAGUGAUGCUCAGCAAAUCUACCACCAUGACUGAUGACACAACUGAUGAGGAUGACAUUUUUGAUGAUAUCGAAGAGUCUUUUGAGGAAUUAGACUCUGAAAAAAGAAAUGCUCUCGAUAGACGGACGUCCAUGGUUGAGAGACUGCAUGCGUGCUUCGAAACUCUAAAUUCCAAAACUUUGUCAGAACGCGAAAUCGCAGUUGAAGAACUGGAUGCAUUAUUGAAUGAAGAACCUAGUUUAAAGUCGGAGCUUCUUUCACAUUAUGGAAUGAUAUCCCUUGUGGAGAUACUGCAAAUAACGGCGUCUGCCAAGACACAAUUACAGCUUCUUCGAGUAAUAGUAACUCUUGUCUAUAACGAUGCAAAUACACUUCAUAAACUGUGCUUGUCUGGCGGCUUAUCUGUGAUUUUGGCUUUUACCGAUAAAAAGUUUCCCUCUGACAUACGCUAUGAAACGGCAAUUUUCGUGCAGCAAAUGUGUCAAUUGAGUCAAAUCCUGUUACAGAUUUUUCUUAGCGGACAAGGUUUACAGGUCUUAACACAGUUCUUACUCGAAGACUAUAAAAACGAUCGAGAUCUUGUAAUUGUCGGUGUGUUUGGUGUAUGGAAAGUUCUAAAACAUCAAGAGAUUAUCUCGAAAAACGAUGUUUGUCGAAUUUUGGUGCGGCUUAAAGCACAAGAGCCCUUAUCCAAAAUAUUUUUGAAAGCCUUAGCCUCGGAUGAUAAUGUUUCAAAAGAGUGUCUUUCUCAUACUGCUGACAUUCUUUUGACACUUUCACAAGCCGACGGGUUUGUGAAGGAAUCUCUUGCAAGUGUGACAGUCUUGCGAAGAUUAUUGCGGGUAUUAUUUUAUCUACCUCAAAAUGUCCUUGUCAUAAUGCUCAAGUUUAUUAAAAAUUUGUCAAUGGUUCCUCAGGCGUUGGAUGUUUUACGUGAAGUUAAUGCCGUUCAGAUCCUAACAGAAAUAUUGAAGGAAUCGAAGACAAAAUCAUACACGAAAGAAGUCAUUAACCAAGCACUUGCGGCCUUGUACAAUCUUUGUAGACUUCACCGCGAGUCACAAGAAAUUGCUGUAUAUUCUGGUGUCGUUCCUAUUUUGCAGUUUAUUACGGCAACUGAAAAGUUUAUGAAGGAAUUUGCUUUGCCAAUUCUAUUUGCUCUUCCUAGAGCUGGAAAAACAUGCAGAAAGUACUUGUGGCAUUAUCAUCUGCUUCAAUUCUACAUUAACUUGCUACUUGAUCCCAACUGGCAAUCCACCGCGUUGGACUCUAUUUCGAACUGGCUGCAAUAUGAAACAGUAGCUGUUAAACGGGUUCUUUGCGAAGACAAAAACGUGUCAACAAUUCGAAAACUAAUUAGUAGCUGCUCUAACGCGUCCCUGAACCGGCUUGUAGGUUCUCUGUGCCAGAUCUGUCAGCGAUGUCCGACACUUGCUGCUGAACUUUGUGAUACAUCCGUUCUUAUAAAAAUUAAAGAACGCCUAGCAACGCGAAAAACACGGCCGGAAGUUUUGGUUUCUUUACUUAAAUUGCUAAAGUUUAUAUGUGCCAAUAAUCCUUCUAGUCACGGUUUACUUUCUCAAAUUGAGAUGAGAGAUUUUAUUAUUCAACUAUAUGAAGGGACGGAUUCUAUCCUUGUGAAAGAAUUAACACAUGAACUACUUGACGCACCAUGGUUGUCUCGUGAUGAGGCAUCUUUUCAGUACAAGCACUUCCGACGAAUCUCAAAUAUGCAACCUCCAAGUAAUCCAGUUUUUUUGAAAGCACGUCCCCGUAAGUAGCGAUGUAUUCAUUCUUUAUGUUCAAAGAAUACGAAUACACUAUUGAGUCAUUUACGAGGCCGUUGCUUAGUAAUAUAGACAGUAUUCUGACAAGUUUGUUACCAUAAUAAAACUUAAGGAUUAGUUAUAUCUUGGAGACUCUUCGGGAGAUGGUGUGUAAUCACCACUUGUAUAGGAUGACAUUGAGGAAAUGGACUUUGACCGGGACCUUGUAUUUGUUGAAAGAGGCCUUUCAUUAGCAUAAUCUAGUCCAAACUUUUCUGUUAGGUUCUCUCUUAAUAAUUCAUCUGCUAGAAGGUUUCUGAAAGCUUGGUUAAUAUAAAGAAAAGUUACUUCGUUUGUCUGACCUAUACCUCUGUUCUUUUGUGAUAUUUUCCCUAGACUGUUGCUCUUCUUCCCUCUUCGUUUUUGUCUUUUUUAGUAUACUGGCAAAUUGCUGUGUGCGACUUGGCCUUUUUUUAUACUGUUGCAUGUUAGUAUAUGAAUUAUGUUACUCAUUCGUUUGACAACAACGGAUUUAGCUACUUACGACUCUCUCAUUUUUGCAUUGAUAUGUGUAAUGACCAUGUUCAAAGCAUUUUUGACAAACCGCUUGUGAACCGG